AGAAGCACAACAUUUCUGAGAUACUACUACAAUCUGGAAUCAAAAUAUGAAGCAGGACAUGGUUACCUAAAAAAGCAUCCUAUUAAUUAGCAAGGAUGUUUGAGCUGAUAGAUCGGGUCAACAAUUACGGUUGAGUAGAUGUCGAACAAAUCAGCUACAAGUCAUUUGCCGUGGUAGGCUAGCGGCCGCCAUCAAGGCUUGCUUGUAGCUGUCCAUUACAAUGACCACCUUGUCCACUUGUAUUUGUAAUCUUACGUCGGUUGGCAUUUAUAAUCCAAAAUCUUGACAAGAACAACUUGCAAAAAAUUUUCCCCUGUAGGAGUGCAAAAAUCUUAUUGCAUACGGCAGAAAGCAGGCCCAAUCUCUCUGAAGACUGAAAUGGUUCCUGUAGGCACCAAUAAUUUGAAGGAUGGAGGUGGACCAUAACCAAAAGAUCGAAUGGCUACCAAGUGAGGAAAUCAUCCAUCAAAGAACCAGUCAUAAUUAUGUAUGAUUACCAUCUUCCGGUCAAGGUAUCAGAAGUUGUUGACUAAAUCAGCAGUUGGUCUAACUCUGACAUUUUUGGUGUGCUAUAAGGGCAUAGGAGCAUCAUCAGAUGUCCCAGGAUCAACAACUCCUGCUUAGAAGAUAUCAGAAGCAAAAAAGAUGCUUCUUCUUGAGUAAUCUCAUGAGUUCCCUGACAGCCCCUUCCCUCCUACCUGUGAAAUGCCAUGCUCUUCUUCAUCCGCAGGUACCUCAGAAGGCCACCAAAGGCUACCGGAGGAGACAAAGAAAGUCACAAGGAAGAACAGGGAGGGAAAGACCAGAUAGGUAGGCAAUCUCCUCGCACCAUGGAUGGUUCAGAGGGAAGCACCCGUGGCUGCUGUCCGGUGUCUUUAUUCAACCUCGUCGAGCCCAGCAACACUAAGCACCACACGAGAACCACCACUACGAGGAUCUCACGAUCGAAUUUUGCUAAGCUGACGAAGGAUUUUGUCUUCCCGAACACCCGCUUCACCAACCAUGAGUCCCUGCCUGACCUCCCUGACGCCCUCUCCAGCUUCAUCACAAUUUAUCCACAGUAUGGUGAGACGCAAGAAGCAGAUCGCAUCAGGAACAACGAAUAUUAUCACCUGGCAGAUCAUGUCUGCCUUGAUUACUGUGGAUUUAGCCUCUUUUCCCAUGCACAAAUGCAUUCCUCCAUACCGUCCUCAUCUACUGAUCAUCUGCCUUGGGGCCUCCUGCAGCCUCCAUUCUUCAGCAUCACUUACAAGUCGGCAAGCUUGAAAUCUCAAGUGCAGUAUGGCAACCAAGAUACUCUUCUAGAAGCAGCAAUCAGAAAAAGGAUCAUGCAAUUCCUCAACAUACUGGAUGGUGAAUACAGCAUGGUCUGUACUGCCAAUAGGACUACUGCUUUCAGGCUGUUGGCAGAAUCCUAUCCAUUCCAUGCCAACAAGGGUUUGCUAAGUGUAUAUGAUUAUGAGAGCGAGGCCGUGAAUGCGAUAAUUGAGAGCGCCCAAAGGAGAGGAGCCAAAGUCAUGUCUGCUAGCUUCUCGUGGCCAAGCCUCAGGAUUCAUUCUGGAAAAUUGAUGGAGAAGCUGAGCAAGAGAAAGAAGAAAAGCAGAGGACUGUUUGUGUUUCCACUCCAGUCCAGAAUCUCAGGGGCCAGGUACCCUUAUCUAUGGAUGACUGUGGCCAAAGAACAUGGAUGGCACGUGGUACUCGACGCAUGUGCUCUAGGGCCGAAGGACCUGGACACCCUUGGCCUCUCACUGAUCCAACCAGACUUCAUCAUCUGCUCCUUCUUCAAAGUGUUUGGAGAGAAUCCAUCGGGUUUUGCAGGCCUUUUCAUCAAAAAGUCCAGCAUUGCAGCAUUGGAGUCAUCGACAAUUGCUAGGAGCAUCGGAAUUGUGAGCAUCAUCCCAGCAAGAAGGCUGUCACAACUGACUGAUGAUUAUUCAGGAACAGGUUUGGAUGUUCAUUCCUCUAGAAACCAAUUUGACGAAGAUGAUACUGAGACCACCAAUUCGUUCUCUGGUCCAAUAUCGACACAUAUCUGUAAUGACUCUGCUGGUAUGGAUAAUAUGCUUGGAGAAACUGCUUCUACACAAAAACAAAAGCAAGUCAAGAGAUCUGAGCAGGGUGAGAGUUCCAAAGAAAAUGAUGAAAACAAAGAAAUAUCAUCAGAUAUUGUAUUAUCAAAAUGUGGCCAUUCCAUUCAAGAAGAGAAGAGCAUGACUAUUACAGAAGCAGACAAGAGCAUGGAGAUCGUGUGCAGAGGAUUGGACCAUGCAGACUCUCUAGGUUUGCUACACAUAAACAGCAGAUUACGAUGCAUCGUAAAUUGGUUGGUGAUUGCUUUGAUGAAGCUGCAGCAUCCUCACUCAGAGAGUGGCCAUUACCUCGUCAGGAUCUAUGGUCCACGAAUAAAAUUUGACAGGGGACCUGCACUAGCAUUCAAUGUCUUUGACUGGAGGGGAGAGAAGAUCGAGCCUGAAAUGGUACAAAAGCUUGCAGAUAGAAGCAACAUUUCUCUUAGUCGUGGGUUUCUAAAUAAUAUCUGGUUCCCAGACAAAUAUGAAGCUGAGAAGGACAAAGUCUUGGAGAGAAGAGCCUGUGAAGUAACAGCUGCAAGUAACAAAAGGAAAGGAAGGAGUGAUAUGGGAAUAGAUGUUCUAAAUGCAUCCUUCAGUUUCCUUACUAACUUUGAGGAUGCUUACAGACUUUGGACUUUUAUUGCUAAGUUCCUAGAUGCAGAUUUUGUAGAGAAAGAAAGGCGGAGAUAUUUUACUUUAAACCAGAAAAUGAUCGAGGUGUAAUGUGAACAGGCUGAAUUGUCUACAGUUGACAAUGUUUUCUGCUUGGACUUUCCACAGCAUUGGAAGACAUUCUUUCACCAUGCAACCAUGUUCAGACAAUAAUAUAUUGAUGUAGUAUGGACAACAUCAACUAUUCAUUUUUUUUUAAUUUGGGUUAAAGAA